CUAUCACAAAGCAUUGUGGGAACUUCAAGCAGUCAAAAUGGCCGCGUCCGCAGGUUGGGCAAUGUUGCGUGGUCAACGGCUCAUAUUUUGCAAAAUAAAGCAUGAAGGAACUUUGUUAGAUCCAGCUGUGCAGUGCCACCUUCCAUCUGUAAUCCCUUUCCGGACUAAGAAGCGCUUCUUCGUCCCACCCUCAGUUGGUGUGAAAGGCUUGGGCAAUCCGGAAGCAACAGCAAGGCGAGCUGGUUUUGUUAUGCGGCAGGAAUACCUUGAAAGGCCUGUGAACAUUGCUUGCACUGCGGGAAUCUUUGACCCAUACAUCCCCCCAGAGGGUGAUGCUCGACUGUCGGGCCUGUCCAAAGAAGGAUUGAAGCAGCGUACUGAGCAGUUGAGACAGAGUGCUGCCUCUCAGUUGGCAAUACGCAAAAUCAGGGAGUAUGACCCUGAGUUCAAAACAAAGGACUUUCCUACUCGAGCGCAGGAUAUCUUCAUCCGGGCACAUGCUGCUCUUACAGAGUUCAAUAAGGUGGAAUUGCACAAUCUGGUGAGCGAACGCUGCUAUCCCGAGAUGGUCAGAGGAAAUCGCUACAAGACGCUGCGUUGGGCGUUCGUGGAGUCCCUCGAACCUCCUCGCGUGGUACACGCCCGCUGCCCUGACAUGGUCAGCAAAGGCAACCUCUAUGGACAGGUUACAGUGCGCAUGCAUUCUAGACAGACCCUGGCAAUCUAUGACCGUUUUGGGAGGUUAAUGCUGGGGGAUGAAGACGUGCCGCGGGAUGUUCUGGAGUACCUUGUCAUGGAAAGACACGUGGUGAACCCCUACGGUCGCUGGAGACUCCAUGGCAAGAUUGUUCCCUCCUGGGCCCCAGCCAAGGAUCCCGUCAUUAAGACCGUUAUGAUCCCUGGUCCUCAGCUGAAGCCCUGGGAGGAAUUUGAAGAUCUUAACUACGAGGUGGAGAAACCCAAAGCUGUUCAGUGGCACAAGUAGUCCCUUUCUGGCUUCGAAAUCUACACACUUCUGUAUUUCUGGCAGUAAAUAAAUGUUAUUUUAUCACAGGAAAAAAGUUAUUAUUGUAGGCUCACUCAAUAAAAGUAGUGGGAAGAGUACAUCAGAAGAGUUUGGUCUUUUGUGUGAUCAUUUGAAAUUGUUUUAAUUUUUAUAAUGGAUUAUUUCAAGCCCAAACUCGUCAUCAGAAGAGACUGAAUAUUAUUUCUAGUUACAUUGUAAUGGAAUCUACUACUUAUUCAAAACCUUUAAUUCAAUUCAACAAAUAGAUUAGAGUACAGAAUAUGUAAUCAUAAUGUCUCUUGCUUUGUAAUGCCAAGAUGACGUGUUGGGUCAGUUCUCAAAAUUUGAAAAUAUUCAUAUGAAACAUUGAAAAUAUUUCAAUUGAAAUUACUUGUUCUUGGUGGGUUUGUACUCAUCUGAUUUACCAACAGGGUUCAGUUUAUCUAUGUGGUCACUUCUAGCACUUGGAACUGUACAUCCUGGUUAUGGUGAUGCACUUUGCUGUAUGUUGCUCUUGAUAAGAGUGUCUGUCAAAUGCCUGUAACAUAAUGCCAUGUAAAACAACAAAAAUGCAAUGCAAUAGUUCAUUGUUUCAUCUCAUUUGCGUUCAAGGGAAAAAUCUAAUCUUCUGCAAAACAUUUCAAUAAAUCCGAAAAUGUCAUUGUUGCGACCUUAA